GUUCUUCUUGCACAGGAAGCAAACCACCCCAGCUGGAAAACCCCCCUCUGAACCCACGGCGCCGCCGGAGCCACGAGCCCACGGCGUGACGGUGCGGAGCAACCCGUUCUCCCUGCAGCAGGAUCAAAUCCCCCGUCCGGCGAAGCGACGCGGACGGCGACCACGAUGACGGCGCGCGCGUCCCACCUCCGCGCGCUCCUCUCGCGAGCGGUCGCUCCCAGCCUUCCCCCUCCUCCCGCUCGAGCUCUGCAUCAGAUCGCCGGGCUGGGUGCGCCUCAGCUCGGAGCGGCGUUCCUGAGCCGCGCGCGCUUCUUCUCCGCCGACGCCUCGACUGCGGCGGCGCAGGGUGGGUCAAAGGCCCCCGCGGCGGCGGCGGCGCCGGCGACGGGCGGGGAUGGAGGGAGUGAUGGGCAAUCUGGGAAAUCUGAGCAAGGGGACGCCGGAAAAUCCGUCCGCGGAGGGCCGGUGUCGUGGCUCAGUUUUCUACUGCUGCUCGUGACUGGAGGAGGGAUAAUCGUGUACUACGACCAAGAAAAGAAGCGUCACAUUGAAGAACUGAAGAAUAGAACAACUGCUGUGAAGCCUGGACAGUCAGUAGGCACUGCAGCCAUUGGCGGUCCAUUCAAGCUUCUGAAUCAUGAUGGGAAGCCUGUCACCGAGAAGGAUUUCCUGGGGAAAUGGACUCUUCUUUAUUUUGGAUUCACACACUGUCCUGAUAUUUGUCCUGAUGAGCUCCAGAAAAUGGCCGCAGCGAUUGACAAAAUCAAGGAAAAGGCAAAAUUGGAUAUCGUGCCAGUUUUCAUUACAGUUGAUCCUGAAAGAGAUACUGUUGAGCAGGUUCGGGACUAUGUUAAAGAGUUCCAUCCAGAUCUGAUAGGACUAACGGGACCGACAGAUGAGAUAAGACAAGUUGCACGUGCUUACCGAGUUUACUAUAUGAAGACAGUGGAGGAGGGUUCUGACUAUCUCGUUGACCACUCAAUUGUCAUGUACUUAAUGAAUCCAAAGAUGGAGUUUGUCAAGUUUUACGGCAAGAACUAUGAUACAGAUUCCCUUGCUGACGGUAUCAUUAAAGAAAUUAAAGAGCACAAGUAGUUGAAGUGCCACUCGGCAAUGGCACCCUAGUUUUCUGAAUCUCUCCCAAGAAUUUUGCCCAAAGUCAACAAAGACCAAAUGAUGCUUAAGAUAUCUGGUCACUAGAGGUUUAGGAUAUUUGAAUCUCGAGGCAGUUUAUUGCAGCAGAUUCCGGUGCACGCUUUGCCGCACAGAUUCGGAAAUCUGCAAAUCUGUUAUUUUGUUAUAGUGAACAUCUGCUUUGGCGACUAGCAACGUUAAUUGCGGAACGUCAUAUACUUAAUUCUGAAUUAGAAAGCACUUGCUAUCGAUUCAAGACGGCUUUAUCCUUA